AUGUCCGAUGCUAAACCAUUAGAUAUUAUCAUCGUCGGUGCCGGGAUAUCCGGGCUGGCAGCAGCUGGGGCUCUCGGGAGACAGGGUCAUCGAGUCGUGGUCCUGGAGAAGUCCAAGUUCAACAAAGAGACCGGCGCGGCAAUAAACGCACCCCCCAACUGCACCGCCCUGCUGGAGUGGAUGGAUAUUGACCUGCGGGACCAUGGAGGGACACUGAUGGAGGAAGAAUACUUCCUCGUCCAUAGAUGCGACUUGCACGGUGCUCUGAAGAGGCAGGCAUUGAAAACGGCGAAAAUAUAUACCAGCUGCGACAUUGUGUCUAUCAACGCGACCACCAACCGUCCUUCAGUCACGCUCGACGACGGGCGCGUUUUUGUAGGAGACUUGUUGAUCGGUGCAGACGGACUCCACUCAAUUGUUCGCCCAAAAAUCGCACCCAACGCACCCUCACCCACUCCCGCAGACAAAUCCUGUUUCCGCUGGCUGCUGUCGGCAAGCGAUAUUCGAAAACUCAAGACCACGAAGCAUGUAGUCCGAAGAGGGGCGCUGAUGGAAUGGGCAGAAGUCGGCAAAGCUCGGCUCGUGAUGUACCCAUGCUCGAACAACGAAGUGUUGAACCUUGUUGCAUUCAUGCCAACUGCUGAAGUAGGAAAACUGACUGAGGGGUACGAAGCGACCGGAAAUAAGGGAGUUUUGACCACUGGCUUCGAGAGAUUCUGCCCUGCCGUUCGAGAGCUCAUCGAUCGGGCCGGUGAGGAUCUGAAGGUAUGGCAGCUCUAUAAUAUGGCAGCCCUUCCGCGCUAUGUGAUUGAACACGCGGCGCUGAUCGGAGACGCGGCGCAUCCCUUUCAGCCAUAUUUGGGACAAGGAGGCGCCAUGGCAAUUGAAGAUGCCGUAUCGCUCGCGAUCUUCCUACCGAUGGGAACAGCAGCGAAAGACAUUCCGCAGCGCCUGAAGCUCUACGAAAACACCCGACGGCCACGAGUCGAGCUGGCGCUACACUACACGGCGCUGAACGCCCGAAACGAGGAUCAAGAAAGCAUGGACCCGGAAACCGCGGCGGAGAUCGCGAAAGUUAUGGGCCAGAUAGGCGCACAUAAUGAGGUGGCUCACUCAACAGCAGUCCUGCAAGAGGCUCUCACGCGCUGCGCGCCCGAGCGUCGAGCUGAAUGUGACAGCAACGCAUCCGAGCCAGAACUGGGAAACCGAUUACCCACUGACCUCCCUUCCUCUCUCGGCCAAGCUUGA